ACAUCCAAAACCUAGGAUGUUAAAACAACAAUACAAAUACAGGGGAAUGUGACCACAGACAGCAUAAAAGGGCAAAUACAACACUUCCAGUUUAUCCUCAUUCCCAUGACACUUUACCUGUAGUGCAUGGUUUUUUUUGGUAAGAAUUUUGGAAAGUACCAGGUACUGAACUACUAUUACCUGUGUUUUGCUGAGAAGACACUGAUUUCCCCUGUGACUUACCACAUCAAUGUCAUGCUUAUGCAUAAAACAAACAGACUUCUUACCCAAGAAAUUACAUUUAUUUGACUAAGCAUAUGAAUGUAUUAUUACAGAUGUGGCUGUGAGAUCAGCCUUUAAUUGGGGGACUAUAGUGAAUUCGGCAAGUUCUAAACUUUUGGCUCUGGGCUUUCCCUUGUAGGUCUGAGUCAAAAGGGGUCAAAACAAGCUUAGCUCAGUUAACAUCAGAUGCAAGUUUUGUCCACUUUAGUCAUUCUGCAUGCAAUAAAUAUGUCAUUGCAUCACACAAAAGUUUAAUAGAAGUGCAGAAAAUCAAAGCACAGCAGAAUGUUUGUCAUCUUCCUUCCUUGUCUGAAGCUGAUAAGUGGUUGAAAUUCCCAACUUUGUGCUUUUGCGUCAAAAGAUCGAAAGGUAUCAGUGAAAAUCUAAUGUUGAGAAACUACCUUCCUAUUACAAAGACCACUUCCUGUUGAACCAAUAGGCACAGAGUUCAGAGCAAGGGUGGAAGAGCACUGUGUUGGAUGGUGGUUCCUUUUCUAAUUUUUGUUGCUUUUAGCAUGACAUUGUCAAAUUUGGAGCAAUGUUAUUGACUGAAAACGAUGAUAACACAAUGUAAAAAAAAAAAAGUCUGAAAAGUGUGAUCUCAAAAUCCAAGGAUAUACUUACAUAAAUGUUAAAAAUAAAGGUAAUCUACCUAUUUUAUGUUACACUAAAACAAGAGAUUCAUUGGUCAUGUAGAAUUGUGCAACAUAAAAAUCUUUUUAAGAUAUGAGAGGUAAGAGUACAAUCUCAUGACAUCUAUACUUAUGAGCUUGUCUGACAUCAGGCGUAAAUUAGCUAUGACAAAUCAACAUUAUUGCUCAAACUAUCCAGACUCUGCAUCACAUAGGGAGAUAUGGGUGGCUACUAAAGGAGGGAACAUUACACAUAGUACAUGUGAUAAUGAAGACGCAAAAAGAGAAAAAUUCUGGGAACUCUGUUGCCUCAGAAUGCUGGCUGCGUCAUUUCCUUCCAAUUGCAAAUGUGUGGUUUCAGUCUUUAAAAACAUUUUCAGAGUUGUGAUCAUGACCAGUUUGAAACUUUGUCUGUGAACGGAGAAUGAAUUGUCAUGUUAGGAACGUGGUCUGCCUAUCUCAGAGAUCACAAGCAAAAUUCAGAAUGAUCCUCCCUGUCCUCAUUUUGAUUUCUGUUGAGUUAGUGCAUCCAACAGUGUCAUGCAAAAACGAAAGCUGCAGCCAGCUUCUUCAGCAUAGUCUGAGGCUCACCAGGUUAAUGAGCAAGAGGACGAAAGAGCUCUUAGAAACAUAUAAAGCCAGUCAGGGAGAUUUUGCAGACCUGAUCUGUGAUAUGCAAUUGGACAAUGUUCCAGUAUCAACAGUCUCUGGCCAGACCAUAUCGCAGCGCAUCUUGAGUGUUUACACCCACCUGAAAGAGUUUCUGCCUCACAUGAAGACAGUGAUGGAGCAGCAGAAAGACUUAAAUCCUCCAACCAACCCUGUGGCGGAGGGGCUUAACAGGAUGAUUACACAUGUUCGCCACAUUGCUGUGAGGGUGAACUGUAUCUUAGAAUUCCUGCAGCCAAAUAUACCCAUUCCUGAGCCAGCUGAAAGGCCAACAGGAAUUCCCCCUGCACAAAAUAUUUUCCAGCAGAAAGCCUAUGGAUGCAUUGUCCUGUCUCAGCUUCAGGAGCUCCUUAGCCAAGCAGUUCAAGAACAGAAGUCUCUUAAAAAGAGGAAAAUGUGCAGAAAAAAGGACCAGAAAUGGCUCUUGAACUAAAGUGUGUUUUGUGACAUGAAACAAUAUUUACAUAAUUUAUUCAUAUUUAUUUUUGCAUAUCUAUAACUGUUAAAGAGAUGUACAGAGUAUGUUUUUUUGUUGUUGAUUAUAUUUAUUAAUAUAAUUUAUUUUUGUUCUAACUUAUUCAUAUAUAUAUGGACAAAAAAGUGAAGUCAUACCAAUUUUUUUACUUCCAUUUGGACAAGAAUGGAUCUACCCAUUUGGCCAACUGUCAUGGUUCCUUUAAUUAUUUGACAGUAAAACAUAUUUUCAUCAAAACUGUAUACAGCAUAACAGGAUGUGAUGCCUUCUGCCCUUCAAGAAAGAAGUCUCAAAACCACAAGUUACUCAGGAUUUCAUGGCAA